AGAACACCAGGGAAGCUCGAAGCAAUCCAGAUUAUGGUUGCAAGUCCAUGAAUAACAAUGGCUUUUGACCCGGGCGGCUUGCGCGCAUCAUCGCCUGCGAGUACCGGUCGCGUAUCUCCAGUGCAAAGAUUCCGCACGCAAACCAGCGAGGAUGGAGCAGGCACAAAAGACAAAAACUACCGUAGAUAUGCUCUGGCCGUAGAGCGUGCCCUCAGCUCGUUCGAUACUGCCCAGCAAGAAUGGGCUGACUACAUCUCUUUCUUGAACCGCCUACUCAAGGCGUUGCAAGCGAACCCGCCAAACAACCAUGCUAUCCCACAGGCACAUCUCAUAGCGACCCGUCUCGCGCAAUGCCUGAAGCCGAGUCUGCCUUCUGGCGUCCACCAGAAAGCUCUGGAAGUGUACUCGUUUGUGUUUACCAUAAUUGGCCAAACAAACCUAAGCCGUGACUUCCACAUAUACUUUCCCGGUCUCGCCUCCGUCCUCUCUUUCGCAUCGCUCAGUGUUCGACCCUUGUUCCUUUCGCUGUUCACAGACCAUAUUCUACGCGUCGAUGAACGGGCGCUGAGACCAGCAUUGAAGUCAGUGAUCCUAUGUCUGCUACCAGGGCUGGAAGACGAAACAAGUGAAGAUUUUGAUCGCGUACUGGAGGUGUUGAAUACUCUUAGAGAAGCUUCACCUGGGGACUCCCAGCAUCCGGACAAGAGUGAAGGAUCUGAGGAAUCAACCGCUUCUGUCUCGUUCUUCUGGCAAUGCUUCUUCCUCGCGACCAUCACGAACCCGUCACGUAGACAAGGUGCACUUACAUAUUUGACACGACACUUGCCACGCUUCUCUACAAAACGUAGUUCUAGCCAGGAGCAAGCUCUGAAAAGCCUGAGUUACCAUGCCCAAGCCGCUCUUUCUCCUGAACCAGGGCUGUUGAUCCGAUCUUUCGCAUCAGGCCUCACGGACCAGCAUGUUCUCAUCCAAAGAGGCUUCCUCGACCUUCUAGUGUCGCAUUUACCGCUUCACUCUGCCGUGCUGCAGCAUGCCGUUCCUUCAUCGGAUUUGGAUCGCUUAGUGCUUGCCGCUGUGGGUGUCGUCUCUCGUCGGGAUAUGAGUCUGAACCGCCGACUCUGGAGCUGGUUCUUAGGGCCUGAGCCACAGACAGACGACGAAAAGGCGGAGCUUCCUUCCGAAUCAAAAAUUGCUUCACCAACAGUAGAUCUCUCCCAGCAUCAUGCAGCGUAUUUUGCUAGGUACGGCUUACGCGCAUUGACGAGAAGCGUGCUUGCAUUGCUUGAGAAGGACACCAUGGCCGCAGCUGAAAGAGCAAGACCCUUUCGCAUUUGUCUCUCGUUGAUGGACCGCUGGGAAGUUGGCGGUCUUCUCAUACCUCACAUCUUCAUCCCUGCGCUUAUAAACGUCUUUAAAUACCAAGAAAGUGCGUCGAAGCGAGAUGCGGAGGAAGUUUUGAAGAGUGCGAGCAAUUUUUUCGACGGUGUCGAAAGUGGCCUGAUUUGGGCGAAGGUUGUCGAGCUUGCUAACGACGCUUUGGGAUCAGGUUCAAAGUCGCCGUCGGAAAGAUUGUUUAGUAUCCGUCUUUGUGCAUUCAUAAUGCAACGUUUUAAUCUUCGAGAGGAAGAGAUGAUAAUUUAUCACAUGCCGCUGACAGCUUUGUUUAUUCUGAUGUCAACGGGCGCUCAGGAGGAUAGUCAGGUCAACAUUGAGAUACAAACUUCGGCUCUUGACAUUUUGGAAAAGCUUAUAUCAGUUAUUCCACAAAGAGCAUUCACUUCAACCACCGAGACAGAAGGAAAGCGUGAUCGCAACAGCUCUUCGAUAUUCGCGAAGAUCAAAAAGUUCUACGAUGAAGACCAGGGGAUGAUCGAAAACGAUAGUCCACCCUUGCCACCACAGGAGAUCGGAGAGCAAUUACUUCGCCACUCGAUCGUUCUAUUCGUUCGAACCAUACGGGACGAGUUGAAUAACCCAGCACUUAUUGAUCUUAGCGCCAGGGUCCUUUGUGGUUUGUUGAGGAUCAUUCCUGACCCUGACCGUAUCAUUGUCAAAUGCCAGACUUUGGAGACUCUCCACGAGGCUCUGCGAGCAGAUUGCAAGCUGUCUAUGCAGUUUCCGAAACUGCAAGCUGUCGCUGCCGCCCUAGGCAGUAUUCUCACUGCGACCUCGGGAACUUCGUUAACAACUUCGAAAGAACUAAUGUCCUUUUAUGAUCUGCUUGUAAGGCAGAUCUGGGAUCACCUCGAUCCUUUAACACCAAAAUACCAUGUUGAAGCUGUUCGCUCACUUUGGCAGUUGGAAUCCGUGCCUGGUACUUCAAGACGUAUUGAAGCCACGAUCACCAACUUACUCACAACAAAACUCCAUCAACAGAAAAAUCGAUGCGAGAUGGGUCGCAAGUUUGCAGUGUUCUGGGCACAUUCGAUGCAGGAGAAAAGCGUACCCGCGGAUAAAGGACAACGUAAUGUACCUCGUAGAACGAGUUCUUACGCAGGAAUUGGCGGCACAUUCAUGAUUCCGUCGGACACAUCUGUUAUUCUCAGUAGACCGCUACUCGUGAUGCUUGACUGGCUCGAAGAUGUGGGGAGUGAUGAAGCUGCAUUCGUAACUAGCUGGUUACAACAGUUGCCGUCCUUGCCGAAAGUCUUCGAUAUAUUGACAAGCCAUAUCCGUGAUCUUAAAUGCAUGAAUCAGGCGCCGGCAUCCGAACCCAAGACGCAGGCAAGGACUAAAUUUCAAGUGCGAGAUAGAGAAGAAGGGGAAUUUUAUCUUCGCCAUAUCUACCGAAUCAUCCACGCAGCAUCAGAGCAUACCUGGAUUGUAGUUGCGAGUGAGAUGGUCCAGCCUUUCACGCCAUCAUCGAUGGGCGAUGAGAGUGAAGUUUCCCUUCACGAAUUGCUCAUUCAGAUAUGCAUGCAUAUACUAGCAACUGCAGACUAUAAUUCAAGGGCACAAAUGCGGACUGAUUUGGAGCGGAUCGCUUUGGAUACAAUUCAAGUCAUUAUCGAGGGACCGUUCUCUGCACCGCUUAAGGAGCUUGAAUUGGAGAAUAAGCUGCUGGCUAUGGUUAACUCUAACCUUCCUGUGCUUCCUCCACAGUUGCAAACCUCGUUUUUGAGCACAAUCAACUCUUGCUUGAAGUUGCGCCAGCGAAACGUCACCGCAAGCCUGCCCAAAUCUCCACACCAGAAUAAACUCUCUCGUGACAAUCAUACUUACUCUCAAAACCUACUGCCUAAAGAAAGCGACUCGAAGGAGACUUUUCCGGCUCAACAGCUUCCGCCUCCGGGUUUGGUGGAGUGCAUCAAGUUAGGCUUUUCGUCGACGGAGAGUCGACUCAUCCUCGAUGAAUGGGUUUCAUUUCUUCGAAAUGUGCUUCCAUUGCUCUCUGAUACCCUUUUCCAAAAUUUGAUUCCCCUUGUUGAAGUAUUUUGCUCUCAGAUUAGCGAUUGUUUUGAGGGCCUCCGGUCAGCUUUCGUUGAACCAGACGUGGCACACGCACCACCGGAACCAACAAUCAUCAGCUUGCUCAAUGGUCUUGAGCAGCUCCUUGCUACCGCUCAUGACAAGCUCAUUUCAGAUGAGUCAAGGAUACCAAUGACGAAGAGCCCAGAACAGCCACAAGGCUUUUUUGGAAACGUGUCCAACAUGACAGGUCUUUUCUCUGGAGAAAUCGACAAGCAGCCCACGAGGGCCGCAACAGCUAACAAUAGACUCGCAGUUCUGCUAUGUUUUCAGGAUACACUUCGCAGCUGUUUCCAAAUUUGGACCUGGGGGGUGCAUGGACAUCAGAAUUUGAGUCCAGCCACUUUGUCAGCAGCCUCGUUCUCCUACACGUCCCUGCGACUUCGAAAAAGAGCUUUGAAAGUCCUUGAGAAUCUCUUUGCAGCGGAAGCUUUAGAAUGCCUCGAAAUGCUCGCCAAAUUAUUUUGUAAUCCGAUCUCUGACGACUGCAAACCGUCUUACGUUUUAGAACUUCUAAAUGUAUUAAACGGUUCACGACCAAAGUAUACCGCGCCAGCUAUCUUUAACGCGAUCUACAGACGGAUCAACGAUGAUGACACUAGAGAGAACAUUAAGACAUCAAAUCUUACGGCGACGGAUCUAGUAGGAUUUCUGGUGGAAUAUAUCAAGUCAAUAGAGGAUGACGCUAUGGAUGAGAUAUGGUCUGAUUGUAUGGCGUUCCUCAAGGAUAUCCUUAACAAUCCCCUCGACUACAGCCAGAUUCUACCACUUCUUCUUAAUUUUGUCGCAUUGAUUGCAGAGAAGGUUGACAACACGAACUUCGGUGAGCAACGGAAGAUGCGUAAGGAGCUUGGAGACACUUUCUUGAAACUUCUUACAGCAACAUUUACGGCGCUGGGUCCAGCUGGCUUUCUUCAAGAUUCUGGCUCAGUACCGAUAACCAAAGGGCGAAGCAGUUCAAAUGGCUCUACGGCCAUAUCCAAACAGCAAGACUUCGCUCUAACUCUAGCUUCCGUGGUAUCAAAGCUGCCGAUCAUACUGAACGACAAUGAGCGUAUUAGCAUUGCCACCAACAUUGUGUCCUCCAAUGUUAUCGCUCCCGCCCUUCGCGCGAAAGCAUUUCCUCGAAACAUAGAUCAGUCAUUCCUUGAGCUGCUGCUGCAGCUCACCAAGAUAUCGCAAGGGGCAAAAGCAUGGAGGAAGGACGUCCUCGAUGCACUCAACGACCCUAAAUUCUUCGCCAUCCCAGCUGACCUAUCGCAAAACUACAUUUUACCAAUUUUACGACAACUGGUCGUCAAUGAUAAAGAGCGGAUGCCCGAACUUCUAGGCAGGUUGACGGCUCCAACGACCGCAGGCAUUGUCUUUGGUGUCGGAGCUAGCUCGGCAAGGAUCGAAGCAGAUCGUAAAACCCAGCUUAACUUGCGGCGUAUUGCUGCACUCAUACUCGCGGGCGAUGAAGAUGCCUUCGUUGAAAGAUAUCGCACUAUCGAAGAAAAGUUGACUGAUCUUCUCACUGCGACUCCAACUUCAUCACCGUCUUCAAACACGCGUGCAGAAAUAUUCAUGGUGAUACGCGCUUUAAUCAUGCGGUCUUCUUCUGUGUAUCUCAGCCCGUUCUGGCCGCUCAUCAAUACCGAGAUACAGAACGCGAUCUUGUCAAUGCUGCCAGAGAGCUCUGACACAGAACAAUACAAUAAUGCAUCAGUGCUCCAGGCUUGCAAAGUACUUGAUCUGCUUGUUGCCUUGGAUCUCGACGACUUUCAGCUACACGAAUGGCUAUUUAUCACGGAUACUAUCGAUGCCGUAUAUAGACCGUCAAAUUUCGCAUCGGCUGCACUUGCAGAUGAGGUAGCAGAGGCACUGGGAAGUACGUCGCUCGAAAAUCGAACAACUUGGCGUCAAGAGAGUACCUCGAGUGGCAAGCGGUGUUCUUUCUUGGAGCCUCUGUUGUCCGGACUCGAAGACGUAGAGGCGUCAGAGCUGAAGUUGCUUCCAAGGCGAGAUCUUGCCACCAGGAUCUUGCAGCCAUUCUUCGGACAACUGAGCAUCAUGUCUUUUGAGGCGACGUAUGAGAUGACGAAGCCGGAUAUGGAGGCUUUUGAGAACUCACUGUUGCUAGAUCUUUUUGAGGAAACAGAAGCAUGACAAGGCUUCUAGAGAACUGAUUGGUUUAGGGAGAACAUCAUCUCUCCAUCGCUAUGACAACGUAGGAAUAUACCAUUUGACCGUGAAUCGCCUUGAAGACACAGUGUGCUCCUGCACGAACACAUAACAGUCCCAUUGAUUCCUUCAACAAAAAGCCAUUGUGUGUGUGUGUGUGUGUGUGUGUGUGUG